AUGUAUGGAAAUAAAUUGAUUUCACUCGAGUCUCAAGUGAUGUGUGAGGAAGUAAUGACGAACUUCUCAAAAAAUAAGGAAAGUGAAAGUGCAUCAGGCAUCGAAAAAGCCUCAUUCAUUUUGGACGAUAUGAAAAAUGCAUUAGUUGAUGCCGAGAAGAUGACGAAAAAAAAUUGUACAGAAGGGGAGCAACUCAAUUUCCAGGACGAGUUGCCGAGGGUCACUUUGUUAGGCAUCGAGAACUUCUUCAUGCAGGGAAAAACUGCUCAAUUGAAUCGUGCCCGAGGACAUCGAAGAGUACGGACAUUGCCUUAUCAGACGGAUGAGAAUGUCUGCGAAGAAGAUGAUAAUGAUGUAGAAGACGAAACGACUAGCGAGAAUUCUAGCCGAUGUGAUCUUGGGUUGCUUCGGGACUAUUUCAGCGACGGUGAACUUCAUUUGAAAGCUAAGAAGAAGAUUGAGGAUAUCAGAAAAGAUUUUCCUUGGUGGACGUACUGUUUAGCGGCCGGAUUCAAUGUGUUGGUGUAUGGUAUUGGGUCGAAACGUGCACUCAUGAGUGCGUUCCGCAACGAAGAACUUAGUAGGUUUCGUACGUUAUCGAUAGACGGCUUUAGAGAGGACGUGACCACCAGAUCGAUUCUUGCAAAUAUUGUCCAAUAUAUGCAACUAAAGAAUUGCGAGCAAAAACGACGCUCCCUCGUCGAGUGGUCCAAGCACAUCGCCUCAACCAUUGAACAGAAGAAACAACAACUAAUUAUUCUAUUGGAUAAUAUCGACAGUGCUAGCCUGAGGGAUCCAUAUGAUCAAGCAGUUCUGGCUGCUUUAGCUGAAAAUCCUGCAGUGCUGAUGUUGGCCACAGUUGACCAUAUCAAUGCAACCCUGAUUUGGAACAGCAUUUUGCUCGAAUCUUUUAAUUGGGCGUACUGUCGUGCAGACACAUUCACAUUUCCUGCAGAUGAGAUUUUGGCUGGGCAGUCUUCAUUAUUAGGGUUAAACCCAAAGACUAGUCAUUCGGCGCAUUCAAUGUCUUCACUUGAUGUGCUGUGGCAAUCUUUGGCGUCGAAUUCUCGUUCAAUAUUUCGGCUAUUUUAUGGAAUGCUUUUCUCUUUUAACAAGCCUGUUGCAUUCUGGGACCUUUUCAAUGCUGCGAAAGAUGAAUUUUUGGUCUCAUCUGACACAGCGUUACGUCAGCAACUCGUUGAAUUCAAUGACCAUCGCAUCCUAAGGUGGAAGCGAGGGGACGACGGAAAUGAGCAGCUAAUUGGAUCACUGGAAAGAUCGCUUGUGGAGAAGUUUCUCAACGAAAAGGGUCUCACUCUGGAAUUCAUUUAG